UACCCUCAGUUCCCUGCUGCGGGAUCUUCGAAUCCUAUAUCGAUUAUCAAAAUCGAAAAAGUCUAAUUCGGAUGGGAAAGGGAAGCGCGACGCCAUGCCCAGUGCAUAAUGUAAAACCACGCCUGCAGCCAUACAAAUAAAUAGUGUUGUCUAGAAGAAAAGUAGCCGAAAAUGGGCAAAAAGCAGGAGCAUGAAGAAAUUCCGGAGCUGAAGCCCCAACCCAAGUCGUUGAGGAGCAAAGCGGCUCACUUUGUCUCCGAUCUCACCACUGUUUUCCUCAACCCCAUCUCUGAUAAACCCUCCAGGCCUUCUCCCCGAUCAUCUUCCUAUGAUGAUUCUGAAAAGAGCCAGUCAGAUGCAGAUGAUUGUAGAGAUUCUCAUGAUGGUCCAGAUACAUCUUCCUUUACUGCAUUUCUAUAUUCACUGUUAGCAUCUUCAGAAUCUGAACGAAACUCAAACUUUAGUGACAAAAUUGAUUCCUUCGAGAACGAGCUUAAGCCAUCAUCUGAAGCUAUAGCUACAAAAGAGAAUGUCAAAAGAAAAGGUUUGUUAUCAAGGGGUAAACACACGCUUGGUAAGGCAUUCUACCAAGCUGCCAAAAUAGCUGGUUUGCGAAGUCAAGCCCCCAAAGCCUCUUUGGAUGUGGCAGUUGGCAGUGGCAGUAAAUCAGAUACUUCCGGGAAUGCGGGGAUUUCUGUGAAAACUUCGGAUGAGUCAUCGCCUUAUGAAAAUCUUCCUGAAACUUCUGAACCUUCAAUGCUUUUAACUGAAGAAACUCGGGGCAUUCUCUAUGCUGCACUACCUGUGAUUGUGCAGGGACGAAGGUGGAUGCUGUUAUACAGUACUUGGAGGCAUGGUAUUUCUCUUUCAACAUUGUACAGAAGAAGUAUGCUUUGGCCUGGCCUCAGCCUUCUGGUUGUUGGGGAUCGCAAUGGUGCUGUAUUUGGCGGCUUGGUUGAGGCACCCCUAAAACCAAAUAAGAGAAGGUAUCAGGGAUCCAAUGAUUCAUUUGUGUUUUCAAAUGUAUCCGGUCGUUCUAUUAUAUUUCGCCCUACAGCUACUAAACAAUGUGACACUCCCCCUCAAGCUCAAUAAAUGUUGUGACGUCCCAGUCGACUUAACCUAGGAUGCCACUGCUAUAGCUGGAAGCCCUGUCUUGGCCACAUAACCCCCAGGAUGCACCUCUCAAUCUAAAAGAUGUUGAUACAUAUUAAGUUAAAGUUAACAUGCAACACCUUUUUGGUGGUACAUCCUGUUACUGACAGGACCUCCAGGAUGCUCCGCUCAGUCUUUUGGAUAAUUUACAAUAUUGGCAUAGUACAUGAAAGACUGAAAUUGAAUCAAGUUAAAAUAUCCUUUUUCAUGCCAAAACAAAAUAUAGUUCAUUUUUUAUUCUCUCAAAUCCGAUCCCCGAUGCUCAUGGUCAUGCAGGAGGAUCAUUGUUGCACAAGUGCUCUAUUGUUACAAACACACACACAAAAAAAAAAAAAUUCGAAAUAGAUGCCUCCUUAUGUUGUUUUUGGUCUGAUAUUGUUGGC